UCGAUCCUAAUUGGCAGCUAUUUGGGCUUUUAUAUCUGCCGACCUCCGUUUUUGAACUGUAGUCACUAAAUGUAGGGGUUCUGGCCUGACAAGGCCCAUGCAUUUCUUCAAUUGGAUGGGGAGCAGGGACAGUGUCACCGGCGAUCUCGAAACUAGGAGGGAAUGUUGACCAGGGAGCACCGCUGCGGCCGAUCAGAGGAGCAGGAACCGGAGCCCGGGCUGAGUCCGAAAAAAGCCGGAUCCGGACGGUGGCUCCGGAACGGCUGUAAGUGGAAGAUGGAGGAGCCGGAGGAACCGGCGGACGGUGGGCAGUCGCUGCCCCCGGUUUACAUUUACAGCCCCGAGUAUGUUAGCAUGUGCGACUCCCUGGCCAAAGUCCCCAAACGGGCCAGUAUGGUACAUUCCUUGAUUGAAGCAUAUGCACUGCAUAAGCAAAUGAGGAUAGUUAAGCCCAAAGUGGCCUCCAUGGAGGAGAUGGCCACUUUCCACACCGAUGCCUAUCUGCAGCAUCUCCAGAAGGUCAGCCAGGAAGGAGAUGAUGAUCAUCCAGACUCCAUAGAAUAUGGACUAGGUUAUGACUGCCCAGCCACUGAAGGAAUAUUUGACUAUGCAGCAGCUGUAGGAGGGGCUACAAUCACAGCUGCCCAGUGCCUGAUUGAUGGAAUGUGCAAAGUAGCGAUCAACUGGUCUGGAGGGUGGCAUCAUGCAAAGAAAGAUGAAGCAUCUGGUUUUUGUUAUCUCAAUGAUGCUGUCCUGGGAAUAUUACGAUUACGACGGAAAUUUGACCGUAUUCUCUAUGUGGAUUUGGAUCUGCACCACGGAGAUGGUGUAGAAGAUGCCUUCAGUUUCACCUCCAAAGUCAUGACGGUGUCCCUGCACAAAUUCUCCCCAGGAUUUUUCCCAGGAACAGGUGAUGUGUCUGAUGUCGGCCUAGGGAAGGGACGGUACUACAGUGUAAAUGUGCCCAUUCAGGAUGGCAUACAGGAUGAGAAGUAUUACCACAUCUGCGAAAGUGUACUAAAGGAGGUGUACAUAGCCUUUAAUCCCAAAGCAGUGGUCUUACAGCUGGGAGCUGAUACAAUAGCUGGGGAUCCCAUGUGCUCCUUUAACAUGACUCCAGUGGGAAUUGGCAAGUGUCUUAAGUACAUCCUUCAGUGGCAAUUGGCAACGCUCAUUUUGGGAGGAGGAGGCUAUAACCUUGCCAACACGGCUCGAUGCUGGACAUACUUGACCGGGGUCAUCCUAGGGAAAACACUAUCCUCUGAGAUCCCAGAUCAUGAGGUGAGGUAUAAUAUGUAUCUCAGAAAAACCACUCUAUGUGUCUAGAAUACAAAUAGAAGGCACUCUAUAAUUUCAGACAAUUUGCUGGUGUCAAGGUUAAUAGAAGUCUCUUUUCUUGACUUGACUUACCUUUAUUCAGUAUUUGGAAGCUUUAUGAAAUAUAAAGGUGAGCGAACAAAUUACAUUUGUGAACAAAUAUAAUCGCUGUUAUUGCCGUGGGAAUAUCUCAGAUUGCAUUGCAAUUUAAAGCGCUGAGACUUUAAAAACUGAUCAAGUUAUGUCAAAAAGUAGUUUUAAAAUGUAGAAGCCUGAAUUGAGAAUGAGUGUUCUGUUCCUAGGAAACAAUGCAAAUCUAUAGAUUCAUCUAUCUUAAAAGGUUGAUAAAAUUUUAAUAAAGGUGAAUACUGCCUCUGGUACCUGGAGAUGCCUGGCUGGUUGUGGACUUGGCCUUCUAGAUAGACAUGUCCUGUCUUUAUACUGAUAUAGCCUGCUAGAUUAAAUGAGAUAUAAUGUACGUCAGGUGCCUAACACACAGUUCUUGGCACACAACAGGCAUUUUUGAAAUGCAGGUUUUCUCCUUCCCCUUUGUAUGCACCUAACAACUUCUGAUACCCAGACAUUUAUGACUUUGUCAUUCAUAAAUUUGUCCAAACCCUUUCGAAUCCCUUCUGUCAUAUCCUUCUGGUAUAAGAGAUGUGAGUCAUCCAAGAGGGAACAAAGAAGAAAAUUGAAAUGACAGUCUUCCAGGUACAAUAAGAUAACAUUUUAAUGAAAAUUGCCAAAAAUAGCCCACACAGUGUAAAGGCAUAUGUAAGUUUUGUGCCACAAUACACAGUUGCACACAAAUAUCCUUGCAGUCCUCUGUAAUCAGAUCAACAAAUGGUGGCUCAAAAAAUAUUUACUGAGCGCCCGUUGUGUGCCAGGCACUAUACUAGGUGUCUUGGAAGAUACAAAGACACUAAGACAUCAUCCCCUACCUCAAACAGCCUGGGAUAAAGCGGGGUAUGAGUGCUGAGGAGAUAUGUAGAUACAUAAAUAAAUAUAUUACACAGCAGAAUAAGAGCCACAAGACUAUAGGAACAAUGGCUAUGGAUAUGUGCCUCAAAUAUAAAGGGGAUAUAAAGGAGUGCACAAAAUACCCUGCCCUCCAUGAGCUGAAAAUGUAAUUGAGAAAUCUAAUCGGUGAAAAGGUCAGGACAGUGCUGCAGGCAGCCACAGUCUGCUGGCUAACCCCCUCACUGUCUUCCCUCUCAGUCUCGGCUUUUGUUCUUCUGUCUCCUAGGAUAAUAAUCCUCCUCCUCCAGAUGCCCUUUCCCCAUCUCUCUAUGAUCUUCCUCAGUCCAGUUUAAAGCCCUAUGCCUUUAAAAAUCCCUUACCUAAAUAUACCAAGGCCCUUUGAGCUCUUCCUUCACGUUCAUUUGUUCUUUUCAUUCCUUUACCAAAUAUUCAUUGGGCCCAUACUGCUUGCCAGGCCCUAUUCAGACCUGAUACAGGGAUACAAAGAUUAACAAGAUAAGCCCAGUGCUCUAAAAAAUCUCAUCAUCUAAUAGAGGGGACAGAACAAUGUGCUCAACCCAGGACAGAUGAGGAGCGUAGAGGAAAUGUUUCACCAAGACUUUAAAUUGAAUAUUGGAGGUUGACUGGGAGUUUGCCAGGUGAAGAAGAUGGAAAGGCAUUCUGGGCAGAAGGAAUAGAAAUUGGAAAGGACCUGGUGCCUUGUGUGACCAGGGAGAAGUUUGAUAUAGUGGAACACAGUGUUUAUGAGAGAGAGAGAAGGAUUAAGGCUUGAAUGGAAAUUGGAGCCAGAUUAUGAAGAGCCUUGAAUGAUGCACUAAAGAGCUUGCACUUUCUUCUGUGAAAACAGAUGAGCUUUGGUCUUUAGAAAGCUCACUUGAUAGAGCAUGGAAGAUACAUUGCAAAAGGGAGAGAGCUGAGAAGGUCAAACCUGUUAAGAGGUUCAAGGACACUCCUAUCACGCUCAAGUCUGUACCAUUCCUUUGGUCAUCUGUGGUUUCGGUUGUCUGCAUUCCCCUUUAGUGCUCAUCAGAGUGUUAACACCCACCAAGUUGAUGUUCAUUCAUUGAAUGAACAAUUGAAUCAAUGAGUGUUUGAAUAAUAAGUGUCUCAACAUUCAUACUGGAAAACUUAUAUUUUUAAGAUGGAAGAAUUGGAAGCAUAAUCUAGCCUUUUUCUAGAAACUAUUUAACCCCAGUAGCAACUACCCAUUCUUUGCAAGAAGUACCAGCUAUCCCAGUAGGAAAUAGAUGUAUCCAUGGGAAACACUAGAUCACCAAUGGAAGGAAGAGAGUUGGGAAGGCAAGUAUUGGAAGUGAUUAGUGGUGAAAUUUCAGGCAUAACCCUCAUGAGAUACAAAACCAAUCAUGCCCUAAAGCCAUUGAUCAAGGAGUUAGUUCCAGCCCAGGAAUCGGGGAGCCAGGUUGGCCAGCCAGGCAUGGAAUAAGGAGGCAAUCCCACUGGAAGAAGAGUUGGGCCCAGCGGGGAAGGUGAGAGGAAUGGACCCCGCCCAUAUGACUGGCCCAAGUAUCUCUACCAUAGGGAAAGCCCAAAGGUGACAUGGGGUCCCAUAAAAAGACCAGUAUGUGGCUAAUUUAGCAAAUCACCCACUACAUGUAAUAAGGCUUAUGGACUAUUAUAUAAGAAUGUUGUGUAAUCCAGUAAUACUAUUUGGAUCCUAUGAUCUAGGAUAGAGUAAGACAGUUAUAUUAUAGACAAUUAUAUUCAUUUAUACGUAUAUGUAUACAGAUACAUCAGGUAUGUGUACAUACCUGAAUCAUAAAGUAGAUCUUUAAACAAAAUUUAGUGAACAAAAAAUAUUUAUUUAAAUAGACUCCUUUUGAUGGACUGGUUAGACAAGUUAUGCCUCAUUCAUAUGAGGGAAUAUAUAUAGCCAUUGAAAAGAAUUAAGCUGAUUUAUAUACAAGUGUAUGUUACUAAUGUAAAACAGUCUUGCAUUGCAGUCUGUAGGUUUCAGUGAAUUCAUAGAUUGAUUUGGGGCAAAAUAAUAUCUUAAUAUUUACUCUUUCAGUACAUGAAUUUGCUAUCUCUUUCCAUUUACUUAAGUCUUUAAUUUCAAAUUUUAAUUUAUACUUUUCAGUGAACAGGUCUUGCACAAAUUUUGUUAAAUUUAUCCCUAAAUAUUUCAUGACUUUGAUGUUGUUAUAAAUGGUAUUUUUAAUUUCAAUUUCUAAUUGUUUGUUG